GGGGAACAACGUGGCUCUGUGCUAACACAGCUGAAGUGAAGUGCAUGCCUUUACAUGCUGCUGUCGGACCUCUCAGCAGAACACGGGGACUGUAAACGGGGCCGUGUCCUUCUUACAAACUUCCCCACUCCCGUGAAAGCAAUGGCACCACAUCGUGUACGAAGGGUGGAGAAGGAGACGUAGAUGGAGGGGUGGAGAGAGGUUAUAGCAACACACAGACAGACUGUGUCGCGGAGAGAUAGAGGACAAAAACGUGACUAGGCAGCCUAAGAGCUGUUAUGCAACUGCUGACCUACUAACACAUAUUUCUAUAGAGGGAGCCGGAGAAACUGGAGCAAAGUGUCCGGCAGCGCACAACACACAAGCAGCCAGAGCCAAAAGAGGGAAACAGCAUCCACCCGACCCACUGACUCAACCACAACUGACCCAAGCACCGACGGGAAAACGAGAAGAAAGCCGAUUUUUAUUUUUGAGGGGUCUCUUCUAAAGGGACAAGGAAAGGAGGAAACGGGAGCGAGACAGCUUUUGUGUCGGGGGAAGCCUGAAUCUCUUUUCCCCUCCUCCGGGACACGGAAAGUGGUCAGCAAACAGCAGCACUGAAGCUGGAUCCUCAGGGAUUAGACAAACUGACCUACAUUCUGUGUAAGAUGCUGAGAGAAGCAGCGCAGCAGCCUGACGGCCAUCACAGCUCUGUUGAGGAUUGAGGAAGAUGCCAGUAAACUAAAAAUCAUCUACAGCAAGGCUCCAGAAACUCCUUCGAACUACUUGCCAAGACAGCUGGAUCACUCUUUGCUGAAAACAUACACAUUUUGUUUUUUUUAGGUGCCUUGUUCAGAACACUAGUUCAAUGUCUGAGGUUUUUGUGGCAUUCCACCUCUUCUUAAUCUUCCUGGCUAAUUUGGACACUUGAAUGUUUUUAUCUUUAAAAAUAAAUAACAGAAAUCAAUGUGGCUCUCCCUUCGAGGAACACAAAUACCUCAUCCCAAAGUUUUUGCAGAUCCAGCGACAUAGGUGAAACAUCUUGGUAACAAAGUAGAAAGCUGAUACAGUUUUACAUCUUUUCCCUUCCCCCUUGGCCCUGAACCCUUUGCUAGAGUCACACUCUGGAUCCAAGCUGGGAAAAAUGGAAAGUCUCAGUCUACACAUACCCUCUGCCAGCAACAAGAAUGCUAUGGAGGUAGACACUUUCUCUUCCUACAGCGGGAACCUCCCAUCCCCUGGUCCUGAAGCUGGAGUGCGGAUCAGUCGCCAGGCUAAAGGUAGCAAGCCUACUGUGACCUCCCGUCGCAAGCGAGAAUUCAUUUCUGAUGAGAAAAAAGACGCUUCCUAUUGGGAAAAACGGAGGAAGAACAAUGAAGCAGCGAAGCGCUCAAGAGAAAAGCGUCGGCUCAAUGACAUGGUGCUAGAGAACCGGGUCAUGGCACUUAAUGAGGAGAAUGUUCGCCUAAAGACUGAGCUCCUUCAGCUCAAGCUGCGCUUCGGCCUCAUCAGCACAGCCUCCUACAUGGAGAAAAGUCAGCAAAUUUCCAACAGUGCUGCAGGUGGCAACACUGGUAGCAAUGGGAGUUGCACCAAUGGCACCCCAAAUAGUAAUGCCUACCUCUCAAGCAGCGGCUACUCCAGUGCAUCCCAGGUGAUGCUGAAUUCAGACUCAUCUGAAACCGAACAGUCGAGCCGUGGUGAGCGCCACACCACGCUCCACAAGUACUCUCCGCGAGGCUCUGUCUCUGACAUGUCUGACGGUUCCUCCAGAGACAGCCCAGAACCCAUGGGUUACAACAUAAAGAAAGAGCCCUCAGGUACGGAGAUGGCCAGCGCGAUUUCCAGUGGCAUCACUAAUGGGAUAUCCAAUGGAACUUACAGUGGCAACCGCACUGCACUGGUCUCCCCACACCAACAGAGCACCAUGUUGGCUGAAAGUGCCAUGGACUACCAGCACAACCAACAGCAGCAGUGCCACAUGGAGGCCUCCAGCCCUGCUCCUCAGGCCACCUCUACACAGAGAAGCGUCAUCCUGUACCGGUCCAGCAGUGGCUGUUACCCCAUGGACAGCCAGAGGAUCGAGGACCAGCACUCCCAGCAGAGCAGGCCACCACCCCAUGGCCCGCACACCCUGACCUCCAAGUUGUCUGACUGCUCAGUGGCCAUCACAGAGGUCGUUGAGAAGCUAGAGAGGACAAAGACUGUGGACUUGCCUCAGUAUGAAUUCACCACUGGUCAUGCUGAGUCGGCAGAUGAGCUGCAGCAAAGAUACAAUCCCAGCAACCAACAGCAGCAUGACAGCCAUCAUCACUACAGCUACCGGGAUCAGAAGAAUGCUCCUCAGCAUGCAGAAAGCCACCAGAACCCGUUUGUCCCUGAUUUGAUCCACAACAGCGAAGAGGGCAAAUCAUCCUACACACAGCACAAUGGCUACCUCAACACACUGGACGAAGAGCCCCCUCUGCUCACCUAUGAGGGAGGCCCCAGGGCUGAUGGUUUCUACCAGGAGCAUUCCUCUGCUAAAGACACCUCAUCCAGUGACGUGGACCCUCGUAGUUCUGACAAGGAGGGCUCAACAGAUGAUGAGUCCCCUUCCUCAUCCUCCUCAGACAUCAGCAGCUACCACCAGAAGGAGGCGGGACCUGCUGGGUCACACGGAGAGUGCCACGCUGAGGUCAAAGCCACUGCCCUCCCUCACAAGCUCCGCCUCAAGUACAGAGCACUGUCCAAUGGAGCAGCAGGAGUGCAGGUGGAGAGCCCAGUCAGCACCUCCAUGUCCCCAUCUCCCACCUUGCCCCAACACCCUUACCUAGCGCUACCCAGCAACCCUCACAGCGGCCAGGCCAACAGAGAGAGCAGAGAGGUGGAGAAUGAGACUGAGUAUGCAGAAGAGGUCAAGCCUCAGGUGAAUGAGAGGGCGGAGGCUAAAACAGAUGGCGGGACAAAGGGAUCCAUCAGUGGGAGAAGUGGGCGUAAUAAGAGGCGAGAUUAAAGACAAAUAUGAGCAGCUUGAGCAUUUUCCUGUCAGCUCUCUGCUGUCUGCAGGAGACAGACAACUCACAUCACCACCUUACAAGACAGAAAGAAGCAAACGAGGCAUAGUUAGGAUGCGUUUUCACCAUCAGAGUUUCACUGUGUCACCUGUUUUUAUUAUCUCCUACCUCCCAUUAAUCCUUCAUUUAGGAUAAUAGAUCACUUCAUGAGGGAGUAGACAGAAUAAAAACUCUACCAAGGCGGAGUGUGGGAUAUUUCCCCUGUGGAAAAUUCAAACAAUCAGUUAUUCAUUACUAUAACCUGCCAUGGUGGCUGGCCAGCAUUUAUUGUGGCAUUAUUGGAACAUUUGUUUAACCAAAGAUACACAUCCAUCCUUUAGCGUCUCCCUCUUUGGCAAAGAGUUAGAUUCUUCCUCUCUCUCAACACAUCUGUACAUUUGAUCGUCCACCCUUUACCUGCACACAAGCCCCCUUCACUUCUGAAGCACUUAGAUUGUACAUUACUGUGACAUAUAAAUUUGCAUAUAUUGAAAUUAUAUUUUAAGAAGAAAAUGUGUCAAAAACAACAAAAAGUAAAGCAGUUGGAUGUGGAAGUAGUGAUCAGUUUGUUUUUGGGGGGGCGCCUUGUACAACCCCUUGUCUAGAAAAUGUUUC